CAUUCUCCAUUUUUUUCCCCAUCACUGUCCCAUUUAUUUAUUGUCUGAAUUAAUGCAAGCUGCACGUUACCCGAGCAAAAAAACAAGUCAUGUGAAACAACUGAACAAAGCCCACUCAGAAGAAGCACCGGGCACGAUAUAACGACCCUGGUGGCAAGUUUGUGGCGGAGAACAAGCGAGACAGGAGAGUUGCACGGAGCACCUGGAGGAGGAUGGGCGUGAUCGGGUCGCAUCUUUAAUCAUCUCCUGAACUAAGUAGAGGACGCACCGCCUCAGGUUAGAUGUAAAGUUGAAAGUCAAACCUCAGGAGAAAGGAGAGUCUCCGCCCGGAGGAGGAAGAAGAGGAAGAAGAUAAUGAGAAGGCUAGCUGGACCCUUCGUUUUAUUCUUGUCAUCUUAGUUUCUGUGAAAGCCGCGAGUCAGGACACUGUUCUACUUUGCGGCAGUAGCGCAGAGCAGCCCCAUUCUGCCCGGAAAGGCUGCCCUGUGAAGUGUGCUGCUGUUCAUGGAUGCCAGGGUGGCCCUGCUGCACUUAUGGACAGUCCUUGUCCUCCUGACGGCAGAACUGAAGUGGACUGAUGCUGCAGAGGUCUACACCAACGCCUGGGCUGUCCAGAUCAAUGGUGGGCCUGAGGAAGCGGACCGCAUCGCCAGGGAACACGGUUUCAUCAACCAUGGCAAUGUUUUUGGAGAUUAUUAUCACUUCAAGCAUCAUGCGGUGGAGACGAGGGCUUUGUCUGGCCACAGGGGGAUGCACAUCAGACUGCAAAAAGAACCACAGGUCCUGUGGGCGGAGCAGCAAGUGGUGAAAAAGAGGACGAAGAGGGAUAUCUAUGAAGAUCCAAAAGACCCAUAUUUCCCCAAGCAGUGGUACCUGUCCACCCCAACGCAUCAAGACCUGAAUACUAAAGUAGCCUGGGCUCAAGGCUACACAGGGAAAGGUGUAGUCGUGACUAUCCUGGACGAUGGCAUUGAGAAAGACCACCCCGACCUCGUCAGCAAUUACGACCCUGAGGCCAGCUAUGAUGUUAAUGACGGAGAUGCUGACCCCCAACCGAGAUACACGCAGCGAAAUGAAAACAGACACGGAACGCGAUGUGCCGGAGAAGUGGCAGCAGCAGCCGACAACGGUGUGUGUGGCGUCGGGGUGGCCUACAACGCCAAGAUAGGAGGAGUCCGUAUGUUAGAUGGCGAAGUGACAGACGUGGUGGAGGCCCACUCUCUGAGCCUGAACCCGCAGCACAUUCACAUUUAUAGUGCCAGCUGGGGCCCAGAGGACGACGGCAAGUCGCUGGACGGCCCUGCCAAGCUGGCGAAGGAGGCUUUCCUCCAGGGAAUCACCAAGGGCCGUGGCGGACAAGGCUCCAUCUUUGUGUGGGCCUCAGGUAACGGUGGCCGGGAGCAGGACAGCUGCAACUGUGACGGCUACACCAACAGCAUCUACACCCUUUCCAUCAGCAGCACCACGCAGUCCGGCAACGUGCCGUGGUACAGCGAGCCCUGCUCGUCCACCCUCGCCACCACCUUCAGCUCUGGAAACCCUGGGGAGAAACAGAUAGUGACCACAGACCUGAGGCAAAAGUGCACAGACUCUCACACGGGGACGUCGGCCUCUGCCCCGCUGGCUGCUGGGAUCAUCGCUCUGGCUCUGGAGGCCAAUAUGAACCUGACCUGGAGGGACAUGCAGCACCUGGUGGUGAGAACGGCCCGGCCCGGACGCCUCAGCGCCGGAGACUGGAAGACCAACGGAGUGGGACGCAGAGUGAGUCAUUCGUACGGCUACGGGCUUCUGGAUGCGGGCGCCAUGGUGGCUUUGGCACAGAACUGGACCACGGUGGCACCACAGCAUCAGUGUGUUCACACCAUGCUCGCAGAACCAAGAGACAUCGGGAGCAAGCUGGUGUUCAGCGAGAGCGUGGACGCCUGCUGGGGACGCCCGGAGCACGUCAGCUCCCUGGAACACGUUCAGGCUCGCCUCACUCUCUCCCACAACCAGAGAGGAAAGCUGGCCAUUCAUCUCAUCAGCCCACUGGGCACACACUCCACCUUGCUGUUUCCCAGGCCCAAUGACUUCUCCUCCGAGGGAUUCAACGACUGGGCCUUCAUGACCACCCACUCAUGGGGCGAGGAUCCUCAAGGGGAAUGGACGCUGGAAAUAGAAAACGUCGCGGCUAACGGACAAGACUUCGUUGUGUUGAGGCAGUUCACCCUCACCCUGUGGGGUACUGGAUCUAGCGUCGUCAACCCCUCCUCAUCCGACUUCCCUCGGCCGUCCAACAACAGCUGCAAGACCUUUGAUGCCCAGCAGAUCUGUAUCGAGUGCAGCGCCGGCUUCUCCCUCUUCCUCCAGGGUUGUGUGAAGUUCUGUCCGCUGGGCUUCACCUCGGGCCCGCAGCUGCUCAACCUGUCCCUGGAGAGCUGGGUGGACUUGUCCUCCGUCCAGGCCUGCCUGCCUUGCAACCCUGCCUGUCUCACCUGCUCUGACACCGGGCCGACGAACUGCCUGUCCUGCCCGCCUCACAGCCACCUGGUCCUCACCUCCUGCCCGCACCAGAACCAGGUCCAGCGCAAAUCCCCACCAGUUGGGGACCUCCAGGUGGACAGAGCCCGGCCAGAGGGGGAGGUCCCGACAGCAGUGGACGACAGCGGAGGAGGCGAGGAACCUCCGGGCUUCGGCGUCGCUCCGUCCACUCGGCUGCCCGUGGCCGUGGCCGUGCUCAGCUGUGCCUUCAUCCUGGCGGCCUUCGUCGGGGUCUUCUUCUUGCUGCAGAUGCGCUCCGGCGGCGCUUCUUUGGGCCGGAGGACCAAACUGCCCUCUGUGUAUUCAGAGACGGGGGUGCGGAUGGGCUUCGGCUUCGGCCGCGGCCAGAGACGGGAGAGGAAGGCCCGGAUAUGCUACAAGGGGAUCCCCACCGUGUGGGGGGACGAGGACAUGAGCGCCUACCGGUCUGAAUCAGACGGCGAGGAAACGGGCGCUCACGCCGAGAGGAUGGCGUUCAUCAAGACCCAGAGCUCCAUCUAGCCGGACCGGCGCCUGCUGUGGUGGAGCCCGCCGCCACGCCUCCUGGGUCGAGCUCAGCACCCCGGUCAAAGGCACUAAAGAGCCAACUAAUCGUUCCUUCUGUAUUUAUUAACGUUUGUUGAUUUGUCUUGUUUGAUUACUAUCGGAUGACAGGUGUAUUCAUUAUACAUUUCACCCGUUGUCACCAAUCUGAGGUGUUAUACAACCGUGUUAUUUAUUUUUUAGGUUAUUGACCUGCUUGACCAGAUGUUGUCCAGUUGGUUGAAGGGGCACGAAGAUGAAGUUGAGAAAUUAAAAUCAAGCAGCAGAGGUAGAGAUAUCCUGGCUCUUAGUCCCAAGUGAAGAUAAAAUACCAUCGAAAUUCUUUUGUUGGAGCCCAUCUGCCUGUUACAUGCUGGAGUUUUUCAAUGUCUUCACCCCCAGUUUCUUAAAGAGUAACCAAUCAGCUCAACGUACGAUCCAAUUCAGUUUAUUUUAUACAGGCCAACAUCACAAAUUACAAAUUAGCCUCAAAGGGCUUUACAACGUGUACACCUACGACGCCCUGUCCCAGGACCUCACAUCGGAUGAGGAACACACUGAAACAAUAGCAACUAGAAUGGGCACUCGGUAGAGUGCAUACCUUCGCAUAUCACAAGAUUGGGCAUUGAAUUAUGAACAUUUUGGCAUUAGUUGCAUGCCAAUUGGACAAAAAUGUAUCGUGCUAUGGUAAAAAAAGAGUUUGACCUUUCCAUGACCUUGACCUUUGACCCGAUUGAUCCCAAAAUCUAAUCAACUGGUCCCCGGAUAAUAAACAAUCAUCCCACCAAAUUUCAUGCGAUUCGGUUCAAUACUUUUUGAGUUCUGCGAAAGAUUUUGACCUGUUCUUGACCUUUGACCUUUGACCCGAUCGAUCCCAAAAUCUAAUCAACUGGUCCCCUGAUAAUAAACAAUCAUCCCACCAAAUUUCAUGCGAUUCGGUUCAAUACUUUUUGAGUUUUGCGAAUAACACGCAUACAAAUAAAUAAAUAAAUACACGGCGAUCAAAACAUAACCUUCCGGCAUUUUCAAUGCGAAGGUAAUGAUGUCAUCAUUGCUAUUGUUUCAGACUUGUCAACGGUCCUCCAGACCUCCAGAAUAAUUGUAUACAACCCAAACCGGCUGAGCGGUGCUUUCUGUGACAAGUACCCGGCUCCCGUAAGCCCGUUGAGUGCAUUACACUCACAAUAUGCAUCGAUUUGUCACCAACACAAACACUCGGCCAUCAAACCUAACUUUACGUUAUAUUUGAUCAUAUUCCCAGCAGAUUGUGGGCCAGCGGUCGUGAAGUUGAGACUCUAUUUAUUUAAUAGGAGCACUUGAGAUGGGAGGUUUCUGCUCAGGGACAGAACGAUGCGCCGUGCUGCCGGCUGUCUGACGGGCAGGAAGCGGCUCGGGAACCGCCACCGCAGCGUCGCCACCACGUCUCAUUGACUCGGAGGAAAGUAACACUGGUUUUCAAUAAAGUGAAAAUAACACUUAGCCCAAAGCUGCCCGGGUGACCUUUACAACAUUUGUCAUCCAGGUUUCUGCAGAUAAGAAAUGAGAUUAUUUCCCCUUCAGAACAUAUUUAUUGAUUGUGGGUUUGAUCUUCAGGGUAAAGCUCGUCCUCUUUAUUGUGAGCUCCACACAUUGAAAGACAAACACAUGCUUCACUUCCUCGUGUACCCGUGUGGACGUGCCGCAGGUGGAACGCUUACUGUGACGAAGGGAUGACACCUUGUUUCACAUUUUAUAUGUUUGUUUUAUAUCCUUUUUUAUUUAACGAUGAAUGCUGAUCUUGUGGAGAUAAGUUUCAUGGUGGAAUAAAUUUCCUGGCUGUUG